GUGUUUGUCUGUGUGUCAUCAGUAGGGAGUGGAGGAUUGAAGACAUCUGUAUGUGUGAGGUGUGUGUGUGUGAGAGAACUAACUCACCUGAAACAUGAGCAGGACUCUCACCGCGGCUCUUCUCUUCACUCUGGUCUCAGCUCUUCUGCUCAGGACGUCGAUUGCCACACCUCCUGAAGACUCGGAGGGAUCAGGCUAUGACCUGAGCACAUCUGGUUCAGGGGAUGGGUCAGAGCACGGUGAUGUUGGCGACGUCAUGGGUCGUCCCGGCAGCAAAGAGCGGACCUUCAACAGACCUCUGUGGUCUGACAGCGACGUGAGGUCAGGAUACGUUAUCGUGUCAAACAGCAAGAGCUUCUUGGAGAACCAACAGAUCGUCGGAGGCAUUAUCGCAGGAGGAGUAACGGGGCUGGUACUGGCAGUGAUACUGAUGGCAAUAUUAAUAUACAGGUGGCGCAACAAAGAUAAUGUAGGAUACUUUCAGGGCCAGCAGACCCACCGGGAAGAAGAUGAUUAACUCUCCGCACUUUUGAUAAACUAUCUCACUGAUAUUGCAGCUACAGCAAAUGUAUUCUGUCCUCAGGUGUUUGGCGGAGAGAGUGGGGGUGCAGAAUGCAAAUGUGUCCGCUGUAUAUUGGCAUUUUAUUUAUUGAUAGGGUAACAUAAGAAGAAUUGUCUUCUAAGACUAAAUUACUUUUAUGUUUGGUGUCUUUUAUUAAGAAACUGCCACAGCUGCCAAUGAGGCCGUUUCUUUUGUAUUUUAAGAGAUAUUAUGUUUUGCAAACAUUUUAUUUGUGGAAAUCGUAUGCUGGGAAUAAUCUUACUAGUCCAGUAGUGACCGUUAAAAACUAUUGCUUUGUUCGAAUCUUUUAUUAUUUAUCUAUCAGCACACAUUUAUGUAGCACUUUAACUUAAAAUGAUAAGACCUCGAGUCACAUUUGUCAGGAAAUGACAUUUUGACAUGUCAUAAUAGGAAACAGCACAGGUGUAAAUAAUAGAAUAAGGGAUAAUAAUAAAUAUUCCACGUAUCUGCUUGAGUUCAGGGUUCCUGGUGUUGAGUUUGUUCGUUCACUGUCAUUCUGUUGUUUAUAUUAUAAACAAUGUUAAAACACCAAAGUCUGAUCUGCUGAAGGACCUGUUGAUAUCUUGCCUCUCAAAGCUGCAGUUGUGAUAAAUGAAGGACGAGUGUUUCUGGGAUCCUGGCUACAGCGCUGGUUUUACCGAAACUAUUCGACCCACUGUGUCAAGGGGGGAAACCUCAAUUACUGAAAUAUCACUUUGAAUCCAGGGAAACUUAUAUAACGUUGUGUAUAAAAUAUUGUUUACAAUGAGGUGAUGAUAAUUAGAUGCUGUAAUGUAUCACAUGUUGACCAAUGCUCUGUAUCUGCCAUAAAAUAUGUAAUAUUUUUGUAUUGUAUAAUUGCUAAUAAAUUUGUUAUAUAACUUUUAA